GUUGAAUCUUAUUUAUUUCUCUCGUUAAUUUACUAUAUUUCAGAGAGAUUGAUCAUACUUUAUAUUAAAGACAUUAUUAAGCUGCGUAGAAAACAUAUCUGAUAUAAACUUGCAAUGGAAGAAGAGAAAAUAAUCCCAGAAGGGUCAGAACAAUUCUUUAUUGAAUUUGCGAAGAAGAAUUACAUAGAGUUAAGUAUUGUUGGAUCACUUUUUGCGUUCGCAAUAUUUGUUUACUUAAUUGGACGAUGUAAUAAUAAAAAGGGAAAUAAUUUUGUAAUGUUCAACUUUCUCUUUAUAUGUUAUGACUUAGCAUUUGAUAUAGCAUUUCUUGUAAAAAAUGCGAAGGAUGUUCCAGGAUUAUUUAGACCAGCGUUAUUAAUUUUAAUAAUAUCAGGAUCAAUUAACCUAGCGAUGAGCUUUGCAAUAAUUAUAUAUCAAAGAAUUUGUAAUCCAGCAUUUUCAAAUUGGCUUAAAGAAAAUAAUAGAUUUGCCGCUUUAAUCACAAUAUUCUCGGCGGCGAAUAUACAAGCAUUAAAGAUUAUUUCAUCAAAUUAUGGGGGAAUGGACGUACUUCAAGUAAAAUAUUCUUCUAAUGGACAAAGGGCUAUUGCUUGGGGCGGAGUCUUAAAUCUUGCUUUCCAAGAUAUACCUCAAUUAGUUAUUUUGGUAAGUAAUAAAGACGGGCCAGCGUAGGGACAUUUUAAUAUUUCUAAUAGCCUGUCUUUCCUUAUUUAUUAGGUAAAAUAUUGGAUCAAAACGGAAGGAUAUGUAUUUUUUCCUUUUAUAAGUCUAAUAUUAAGUGUUACGAUUUUAUUUAUUGAUUUCUUUGGAAGAAUUUAUGAUGCUAUCAUUAUUUCAAAUGAUGAUGAUGGAACAACACGUCGUGUGAAUAAUCGUUCAAGUGAUAGUUCUUAUCAAUACAGUAUGCGAGUUGGAGCUCCUUAAUUGAAACAACGGAUAUUGAUAAAAAAAAAAAGGACUUUUUUUUAAAA